AUGAUCGUGUAUAAUAAUGGGACUAUGCAUUCGUUUCAUCGUCGGAAAUGGUUGAUACUGUUAAUAAUCGCUGUUUGUCGGAAGCUGAACCCCGUCAAUGGUUUGAAGUGUUAUUGUAACAGCGACAGUCCAAGCUGUCCCAAUUCGACUUGCGAAACUGAUGGAUUCUGCUAUGCAUCCACCACCUUAGACAAUGGAAUACAAAAGUAUUCGUACCACUGUAUCGAGUUGAAAUCACUGAUACCCAUCGAGCACCCCUUCAGUUGCUCCACGACGAGAACUAGAAAUGAGUCGGUGGUGAUAGAGUGUUGUAAAUCACAUGACAUGUGCAAUAACGAUCUGCGCCUGGAGUUACAUCCGAAGCCGCCAGAACCGAGUCCGUCAGCAACAGCAUGGCAAGUGGUGCCAUGGAUUAUGGGACUGAUGGUACUAGGGGUAUGUGCUGCCAUUAGCUUUUGGUGGGCAAAGAGAUCGGGCAGAAUGAAAGAGAGGGGCUCCCGGCCGCUGUACCCAGUUGAGGAUUCACUGUGUGAGACGAGACAUCCUAUCACGGCAACAAUACGGGACAUGAUCGAGCUUACCACAUCUGGCUCCGGAUCCGGUUUACCGUUACUGGUUCAACGGUCGAUCGCGAGACAAAUUCAGUUGGUUGAUAUUAUUGGGAAAGGCCGCUUCGGGGAGGUGUGGCGUGGUCGAUGGAGAGGGGAGAAUGUGGCAGUUAAGAUCUUCUCUUCGAGAGAAGAAUGCUCCUGGUUUAGAGAGGCUGAAAUAUACCAGACCGUUAUGUUACGACACGAGAACAUUUUAGGUUUCAUUGCAGCGGAUAACAAGGAUAACGGAACUUGGACACAGUUGUGGCUUAUAACGGAUUAUCAUGAAAACGGUUCGCUUUUCGACUUUCUAACUGCGAGGACUAUUGACUCCAAUACCCUCAUCAAAAUGGCGCUUUCAAUUGCUACGGGACUGGCUCAUUUGCAUAUGGAUAUUGUUGGCACUAAAGGUAAACCUGCCAUUGCACAUAGAGAUCUAAAGUCCAAGAACAUCUUGGUAAAGACCAACCUGACUUGCGUGAUAGGAGACUUGGGGCUGGCUGUGAGGCAUAACGUCGCGAGCGAUUCCGUCGACGUCCCAUCUACGAACAGGGUUGGCACGAAGCGUUACAUGGCACCUGAGGUGUUGGACGAGAGCAUGGACUCGCGACAGUUCGAUCCUUACAAGCGCUCGGAUGUUUACUCCUUCGGGCUUGUGCUGUGGGAGAUGGCUCGUCGGUGUGGAGCGAUGCCCGACGACUACCAGCCGCCGUACUACGACUGCGUUCCUCCCGACCCGGCACUCGAAGAUAUGCGCCGUGUCGUUUGCACAGAGAAGCGGAGGCCGAACGUCCCUAACAGAUGGCAUUCCGAUCCAGUUCUUUCGGCAAUAUCGAAGGUGAUGAAGGAAUGCUGGUAUCAAAACCCUGCGGCUCGACUAACAGCACUUCGUAUCAAGAAAACACUCGCAAAUAUCGGCACGGCGGAUCACAUCAAGCUGUAA